AUGAGCCAAAGCCCACCGCACAAGAAAACUAAACAGCUGGAGGAGGACUCCAAGCAGUCGGCCGCGGAGGUGAAUCCGUUUGCUGCCUUCGAUUUCCGAUUCCUGCUCAAGACCUACUGGGCACCGAACGGGGCUAACCUUGCUCUUCGCGAGUUCUCCUAUGAAAUUGAGAUCGGCAACGGGGAGACGACCUACUCGCGUUACAACACUUACGCCAACGCCAAGGAGUUCCAAGACGGCUUGCAGAGGGAGUGCCCGCGCAGGAUUGAUCUCGGCGCAGUGUUCUCACAGGAGCCCAAAGACAAAGUACUCGUUGCCACCAAGAGGGCCGUGCCGCAAGAAAAGGAGCUUGUGUUCGAUAUCGAUAUAUCUGACUACGACGACGUGAGGCGAUGCUGCAAAGGUGCUGACAUCUGCGGCAAGUGCUGGCCCCUCAUGAAUGUCGCCAUCAAGGUCGUGGAUAGGAUCCUCCGUGAGGACUUUGGCUUUGAAAUCAUCCUUUGGGUGUACUCUGGUCGACGUGGUGUGCAUUGCUGGGUGUGCGAUCCCCGCGCCAGAAAGCUUUCCGUGGAAGAAAGGUCCGCUGUGGUAGAGUACAUUAGCGUUGCUGGUCAGAGGAAGCAGAGCGACAAGUUUUCCUUCAUCAACAUGCCACCCAACCUCCACCCCACGCUCAAGCAAGCCUAUGACGAAGUUCUAUUGGACUACUUCGAGAAUACGGUGUUCCCUGCCCACCUGUUCGAAAACGAGGACGGCUGGAACGUGGUCCUCAGCACGUUGCCCAACAACUUGCGCGACACGAUUGCCAAGGCUUGGCAAGAGGACGAGGAGCUCACGCCACGUGAGCGAUGGGACCAAUUCUUUGUGGCGGUCAACCAAGCCAUCGAGAAGGGCCAUCUGCGAAACAGCAACCCCGUGUACGACAUCGUGUUCACAUGCACCUACCCGCGGUUGGAUAUCCAGGUGUCCAAGCACCUCCACCACUUGCUCAAGUCGCCGUUUUGCGUCCACCCCGGCACUCACCGGGUGUGCGUACCGAUCGACCCGGACCAGUGCGACGACUUUGAUCCUCAGGCGGUGCCCACCGUCGAAACGCUUCUCUCCGAGAUCGACCAGUUCGACAAGAGGAAUGCUACCGACUCGCCUCUGCGAGGCAAGAAGGGACUGCGGCAGUACGAAAAGACGUCGUUGAGGGACUAUGUGCGUCUGUUCGAGAAGACUCUGCUCGUUCCCCUCCGGCAACAGGCCGCACGCAAGGCCGACGACGCCAGCCCGUCCAGCCCCGCCGCGGCAGCCAUGGACGAGGACUGGUGA